AUGGCAUGUUCGGAGAGGCAAAAGGUUGCUUUUGGUACAUAUACUCUAGUGGAAGAGGCUGAGUAUUGGUGGGAGAAUACUUGCCAAUGCCUAGAGGCUGAAGGUCAAGAUGUGACCUGGGAUGUCUUCAAGAGAGUGUUUUUGGAGAAAUACUUUCCCGAGGAUGUUAGGAACAAGAAGAAGAUGGAGUUCUUGGAGCUUAAGCAAGGAAGUAUGACUGUGGUUGAAUAUGUAGCCAAGUUUGAGGAGCUGGUGAGAUACUUUCUCCAUUAUCAAGGGAGAGAUGGUGAAAGUUCCAAGUGUGUAAAGUUUCUGAAUGGCUUACGACCUAAAGUGAAGCAAGCUGUGAAUUACCAAGGUGUUCGUCAGUUCCCACUUUUGGUUAAUAUGUGUCGGAUUUGGGAUGAAGACUCCCGAGACAUGGCGGCCUAUUAUAGGAGUACAGGUCCAAUGAGGAACAAAAAGAAUGGGUCUCAACAUCGAGGAAAACCAUAUUCGACUCCUCCUAAGCAAUAUGGUAACCGCCAUGACAAUCAGAGGAUUGUUGCUAGGGGAUUUGCAGGAGGUAGUGGUAGUAAAGCCAAUACUUUCUCCAUUCAUAUCAUUUGUUACAGAUGUGGUAAGCCAGGGCACAUCUCCUCAAAUUGUCCUGAUAUAGGCAUAACAUGUUUUAAUUGUGGACAAAAGGGACACACUCAAAGAGAUUGUUCACAACUCAAGCAAGAGCAAAAUGGUGGAGGCCCGAAUGGUCAAAAUGGACAUCCAAAGGCCACAGGAAGAGUAUUUACCCUUAAUGGUGUUGAAGCUUCAAAAUCCAAAGAUCUAAUCCAAGGAAAACUUAAGCUUUAUGUGUCUUCUUUAAAUAAGGAUCUAGUGGUAAAGACCUCUACUAGUGGUUCUGUGUUAACUUCUGAUAUGAUCUUGUCUAGCCUAGAAAUAGAGACAAAGGUCUCUAUGUGUGACCUCCUUGUUGUCAGAGAGUUUCCUGAGGAUAUAUCCGGUCUGCCACCUGAGAGAGAGAUAGAGUUUUCCAUAGACUUAGUACCUGGUGCUGGACCCAUAUCCAUAGCUCCUUAUAUGAUGUCUCCUAUAGAGUUAACUGAGCUUAAGAAACAGUUAGAGGAGUUGUUGGAUAAGCAGUUUAUUAGGCCUAGUGUAUCUCCGUGGGGAGCCCCAGUGUUGUUAGUGAAGAAGAAAGAUGGAACCAUGAGGUUGUGUGUGGAUUAA